CCCAAAAUCGACCUUUUUUUUGCCGGGCUUGCAAACUCCAAUUCGUCCACCUCGACGACGCCGCCAACACCUUAUCCCUCCUCACACACGGCCCCGAAGCGAAAAUGCGCUACAUCCACAGUGAGGAGACCCUCAAGGUCCCCGAGAACGUCAAGGUCUCGAUCAAGUCGAGGCUCGUCACGGUCGAGGGCCCCCGCGGAAAGCUCUCCAAGGACCUGAGCCACAUCGCCGUCAACUUCUCGAUCCCCAAGAAGGGCGUGAUCGGUAUCGAGAUCCACCACGGCAACCGCAAGAAUGUUGCCGCUCUUCGGACCGUCCGGACAAUCAUCAACAACCUCAUCAUCGGCGUCACCAAGGGCUUCAAGUACAAGAUGAGAUAUGUCUACGCUCACUUUCCGAUCAACGUGAACGUCGAGAAGAACGCCGAGACGGGGUGCUUCGAGGUUGAGAUCCGGAACUUCAUCGGCGAGAAGAUUGUCCGGAGGGUCAUCAUGCAGCCUGGUGUCGAUGUCGCGAUCUCGACGGCCCAGAAGGACGAGCUGAUCCUCACCGGUAACUCGCUCGAGGCUGUCUCGCAGAGCGCUGCCGACAUUCAGCAGAUUUGCAGAGUGCGGAACAAGGAUAUCCGGAAGUUCUUGGACGGUCUCUACGUCUCGGAGAAGGGUAACAUCGAGGAGUGAUGGGACAUGCGGCCAUGGGUUUCUUUGUGCUUUAUGGGUCUCAACCGGAGUGGCAAGGGGUCAAUCGGCAUUUGCAUGAUUUGUAGCGUAAAACGCGCUACUGCAAAAUGGGCAACCUUUUGAACCACGGGUGUUGGGUGCAUGCCAAUAUCACUUUUUUUCUCGGCGUACCUGCACACCAUGCUGACUCGGUGAUCACGAA